AUGGAUCUUUUAAAUUUUUUCCAUGUAGAAAAUAUAUCAUUAGCUAUAUUUCUUCUUAUUUGUUGUAUAUUAUUUGGAUUUCUAUUAUUAACUAUGACGAGUUAUGUAAUCAUAUCAAUUUGUUAUAAACUAAUCUCUUUCAAUAAACCUUCAACAUUCAUAUCAAUGAAUAAAGGUGAAAAAUAUUUUCAAUCAUUUAAAUCUAAUCAAAUUUAUACCAUACAAGGUAUAUUAAAUUAUAGUUUAAAUUAUUGUACAAUAUCCAAUAUAUUAAGUAUAAAAAUUAUGAAUGCGGAUAAUUUAAAAUUUCCAUUCGAAUUAACAAAUUAUUAUACAUAUAUCAUAAUAACUUUAUUCAUAUGGGAUAAUGAUCAUCAAUAUUGGAUUCUAUUAGAUGAUCAACAAAGAACAACUCAUUAUGUGAAUGGAUUCAAACCAAUAUGGAAUGAAUUAUUUAAUUUUCAUAUAAUACAAUCAAAAUUAGUUGAAAUAAAUUUAAGUAUUGAAUUAUAUAUAAAUGAUUCUAUUGGUCAAGAUAAAUGUAUUGGAUAUCUAGAUAUACUACUUAAUAAUAUUAAUACAAAUUUAUACUUUAAUCAAGAAUAUAGAUUUACAGAAAUGUUAAAAUUAUAUACAAGUAAUUUAUCGGAUUUAGGUGAAAUAUGUAUUGGCUUACAAUAUAAUAAUAAUAGUAAUGAUAAUAAUAAUAUUAGUAAUAAUAAUAAUAGUGAUAAUAAUAAUAAUAAUGGUUAUAAUGAUGAUCCGUGUUGUCUUCAUAUUCGUUUAAUUGAAUUACGCAAUCUUAACCUUGAAAAUAUUAUUCAAUCAUCAAUAUCAUCAAAUGAGAAUAAAGUUUAUGUUAUGGUUUAUAUAAUUCGUUAUAAUAAACUAAUUCAAUAUGAAAGGAUUAAAUCAUAUAAAGAUGUAAAAAAUUUCUAUUUUAAUCAUACGAUUAAUGUCAAUUUAAACAAAAUUGAUCAUUUAAAAGAUGUACAAAUUUAUAUUCAAUUAUAUUAUAUUAAACAAAUAUUAGGUGAAAUAAAUAUUGGAUUACAAUAUCCUCAUACAACAGGAUAUAAACAUUGGUUAGAAAUGUUUAAAAAUCCAUUGAAUAUGAAUAUCAUGUGGCAUAUUUGGAAUCCAAUAUCAUCAUCAUCAUCACCAUAAUAUAUAUGUAAGAUCCGUUUUGAAUGUUUUGUGUGUGUGUGAAAAUCCCUCCAUGUAUAUACUUGCACUUUGUUCCUAUUGAUUCACUUCGUUGUACAUUGUUAGUCUUUUGGGUUGUUAGUAUUUGUAUUUAUUUAUUAUCGUUUUUAUUUUUCUUACGCCUUCACUAAGUUUUUGUGUUUCUUCCCGAACUGCAUCUAUGUUGUUUUACUUGAUACUUGUUAUUGGCGGCAGCCAUAUUGAUUUGCUCCCGCUUCUGUGCAUGUUCUAUCCAGCCAGGAUAGAAUAGCGUUCAUUUGUUGUGACUGGUAAUUUUUCCCGCAUCUUUUAUCAACUUCUUUAUUGAUUGUAAUUUAGAUUUGAUUGGUUGAAUAGCCGGGUGGUAAUAUUUGUUUAGGUAACGAUGUACAUUUAAAUAUAUGAUGAAUUAUAGAACCGUCAUUUACGCGAUUACCUGUUUUGAUUUUGACGGGCGAGGGCGCGUGUCUAACCCACCUGAACGGCU